UAGCUAAACAGGCGCUAGUCGUCCACUUCACAGCUUCACAGUUCAGACUUCAGACUCCGUCGCCGGCGAUCUGUACCCCGCCGAGAAGAUGCAUCUGAGCGCGAACGAGGGGAUUGAGGGCGUCCGGUUCGCCGUGACGGGCGGGCAGGGCUUCGUCGGAGCCGCACUCUGCCUCGAGCUGCUCCGCCGCGGCGCCCGCGAGGUCCGGUCCCUCGACCUUCGCGCCUCCUCCUCCUGGUCCCAGCAGCUCCUCGACGCCGGCGUCCGCACCAUCCAAGGGGACAUUAGAAAUAAGGAUGAUGUGGGGAGGGCUUUCCGUGGAGUGGACUGUGUUUUCCACCUUGCUUCUUAUGGCAUGUCAGGGAAGGAAAUGGUGCAGACUGGGAGAUCCGAUGAGGUCAAUAUAAAUGGGACCUGCAAUGUACUGGACGCUUGCCAUGAGCAAGGUGUCAGGAGGCUUGUGUAUGUAAGCACUUACAAUGUGGUAUUUGGAGGAAAGCCGAUUGUCAACGGAAAUGAGGCCUUGCCUUAUUUUCCAAUUGAGGACCAUGUUGAUGCUUAUGGGCGCAGCAAAUCAGUUGCUGAACAGUUGGUACUGAAGAGUAAUGGGCGGCCAGCUAAGAGUGAUAAAAGUACUCGUCUUUAUACAUGUGCAAUUCGCCCUGCUGCUAUAUAUGGACCAGGUGAAGAGCGUCAUCUUCCAAGAAUCCUGUCCCUUGCAAAGUUGGGAUUAGCAUUCUUCAAGAUUGGGGGCCCAGAUGUCAAGACAGAUUGGCUGUAUAUAGAUAAUCUAGUUCUUGCUCUGAUAUUGGCAAGCAUGGGACUUUUAGAUGACAUUCCUGACAGGAAGGGAACCCCUGUAGCAGCUGGUCAGGCGUAUUUCAUUUGCGAUGGAUCACCAUGCAAUACUUUUGAAUUUAUCAUCAAGCCCCUAUUUCAAAGUUUGGGUUAUUCCGUUCCUCAAGUGAGGCUGGACACCUCUGUUGCCCUUGCCAUUUCAAGAAUGUUUUUAUUCAUAUCUACAUUGUUCUACCCAUGGCUUGAUAGUAAAUGGAUGCCUGAGCCUUUAAUUCUUCCUGCUGAAGUGUAUAAGGUUGGUGUUACACACUACUUUUCGUUCUUGAAAGCUAGAGAGGAACUCGGCUAUGUACCUAUGGUGAGGCCUCACGAAGGCUUAGCUGCAACGAUCUCAUACUGGCAGGAGCGUAAGAGAAGGGAACUAGAUGGCCCGACCAUAUUUACUUGGUUGGCUGUAACAAUUGGAAUGCUGGCUGUGUUUUCUGCCGCUUGUCUUCCGCCAGUCGGCCCAUUGAAAUGGGUGCUUGACAUCCAUCUGUUUGUUUUUCGCUCGAUGCUUGUGAUCCGGCUGGUCUUGGUGAUAGCAAUUGCACUGCAUUUUGGUGAAGCCGUGUAUGCCUGGUUCUUGGCGAAAAAGGUUGAUCCAAGGAAUGCUACUGGAUGGUUUUGGCAAACCUUCGCUCUAGGGUUCUUCUCUCUCCGGUAUCUUCUCAAGAGAGCCAGAGGGUGAAUUUGUGUACAAUUCACAUGUACAUUGGGGAUCCUAUAACAGUGAUUCCAAGCUUCAUGCUUGCUUUUAUAGAGGAUGCGUUUCCUAGAUGAUCUUUUCACUUCUGUAUGCAUAAAAGUUGCCCACCCUGAUAUACUCGUGUACCGUGAUCGACUGAUCGGAUUGAGCCGUGGCGCAGAGCCGGCCACUUGUGUGAUCGAUGUUUUACAUGAGAUUCAGCUCUCCA